UGUGCGUGUGCGCACGCGCGCGUGUGUGAUGCACUGCUACUUCUAAUAAUAGAGGAGGUAGACUGCCUUCUCCUUUAAGAGCCUACUUGUUGCUUACUCAAAUAAGAAAAUAGCAACAAAAUGGUUAUCAAAGUGUUUCUCGCCACCUCAUCGGGAUCCACGGCGAUCAAGAAGAAGCAGCAAGAUGUGGUCGGCUUCCUGGAAGCAUUGAAGGUUGACUACACCCAGCUAGACAUCGCAUGCAAUGAGGAGAACCGCAUGUGGAUGAGGCAAAAUGUUCCAGAGGAGAAGAAACCCUCCAAUGGCAUCCCACUGCCCCCUCAGAUUUUCAAUGAAGAGAGUUACUGUGGGGACUAUGAGACAUUCUUUGAUGCCAAGGAAGACAACUCGGUAUUUGCCUUCUUGGGGUUAGCCCCUCCUCCUGGUUCAAAGGAAGCACUGAAGGCUGAUGAGGAAGAACACAUAAUGGAGAAUGGCACUCAUGCUGAAGAAACCAAUGAGGAGGGAAUGGAUGACUCAAUAGAGGUUCCAGAGGUAGACCGUAACGGCGAUGUCUACGAAAACGAGGACGAGGAGGGCAAAGAGGACGUGGAAGAACCGGUAGCAGAGCCUGAAGAAAAUGAAGACUCCGAAGGAGGAGGAGACAACGAACCUGAAGACACAGGUCAUGCAGAGGAGUAUGAAGAACAGGAGGAAGACGAGUUGCAGUCAGAGGAUGAUGAGGAACUACGGCAGCUCGAGGAGGAAGAAGAGGCGGACGUAGAAGAGGGAGAAGAAGACUACUUGGAAGAAACACAGGAAGAAGAGGCUGAGUAGUUAAAGCAAGGGAACACGUCGACACCCUCUCAUUUAAGCCUGAAGGAGCCUCCUGUGACAUCUUUCCCUGACCCCCUACCAUUGGCAACUUCGGCUCCUACAGGAAGCAUCUCGACUUUCUCCCCAAAGGCAGUGCUUGCUGCACCCGCCUUGAAAACAAACAAACAAACAAACAAAAAAAACUCAUAUCACUGGUCAUGUGCUUGAAAAUGUCAAGGGAAAAGUCAUCUUUGUCUUUUAUCCUCUUUGGACAGAUUUCUUUUUAUAUUUGACAUUCAGAAACUUAACAAAC